AUGUGAAAAUUGAUAAUGUGAAAAUUCUUUUGGAAGCCCUUGUCGGAAUCGGCGAUAUGGUUGGAUACACGUUAGCCUACGUCUGUUUUUUGCAAAACUUGGAUAAAAUUAAUCAACUAAUCGUUGAUUUCAACCAGUUCCUAAAGUACUGUGAUUCCAAAGUCAUCCGAGAAGCUGAAGCUGAAUCAAACAGAUACACUAAAUAUUUGUUAUCCUACGUAACUGGUAGUCUCGUUUUCAAUUUCUUCUGGCAAAUGAUGUCGACAAAAACUUGCAUGCAACAAAGAGGUGGCGAUUUUUAUGUAAAACAUGACCCCUGUUGGAUGCCAGUACGUAAUUUAUACCCUUUCGAUGCCAACCAAUCCAGGUACUUCUGGAUCGUUUUUCCUAUAGAAACAGUUUACAGUUAUCAUGUAUCUUGCUUUUUUUCAUUGGCAACAGCAACGAUAAUUGGUUUUUUGAUACAUAUUGGCUGUCAAUUCAAGUGUUGUUCAGCAAAAUUCGAGCAUGUUUUUGAUACGAUUCAGAAAGAUGAAGAGUCACAAAAGAAAGCUCGCUUUGAAUUUAUUGAGCUGAUAAAGUACUACCAAGGCAUACAAGAGUAUUCUCAAAGGGUAUUUCAAGUGUUCAGCAGCACAAUCAUUGUCUACAUAGCUUUAACAUCCCUCCUAGUUGCUGUAAUUGGAUAUCAGAUAGUUAAUCCCAAAAUCAGUACUCAAGAUCGAAUUAAAUAUGCCAUGCUUCUUGUUGCUUGGUGUCUACUAGUUUACAGCAUUUGCCUGUAUGGCCAAGAGCUACAAGAUGAGGCAUUGAAGGUGGGAGAUUCAAUUUUCAAGAGCAACUGGCACAAACAUGGAAUGGCAUUGAAAGUGAAACCUGAAUUGAUUUUCACGUUAGCCAGAACACAAAAACCUCUAGAGUUUAAAACUCAAAUGAUCGGUUCGAUUUCGUUAAUGCAGUUUAUGAGAGUGAUGAAGUGCGCCUACUCAGGACUAACCCUUCUUCUUGCAGUCACCGAUGACGAGUAACCGUACACACUAACCAUGCUAAUCUCAACACAAUUAGAAGGAUUCAAAAAAACUUAAGAAAAAAUAGCAUUAAAAUAUCGAGUUAAUGGGUAUUGAAUCUAUUUGAGGUCAAACUUUUUUAUAUAUUGUAUGCCACAGAAUGCAAAAAAAUUCACUGACUCGCAUUAGUAUAUCCAAUAAUGUUAGAUCCGAAAAUCGCACAGUUGUAUACAC